CUUCAGUAGCGAGAGGGGCUGAGAAAGUGGUGGCACCGCCGGGGUGCGGAGGGAGUCCGUGAAACUUCUCCCAACAGCCCCAGGGCCAAUCUCCCCUCAGCCCACUCCCCUCUUCGCCAGCUCUCUGGUCCCCACUCCCUGCACCGGGGGUGGGGUGGGGAGUCAGGCCCGGUUCCCGCGGGGACACACACGGGGGCCGGGAGCGGGGACGGGACCCCCAGGCGGGGGGGACGGACCGACCGACAGACAGACGGCCGGGCGCCCGCCCCAGCGGGCAGGCAGGCAGGAGGAGGCGGAGGCGGGGGUACGGCGGGGGAGGACCGGGUCUGGGGAGUUUCCUCUCAACUAUCGGGGGAGAAACUCCCCGCAGCCGGAGGAAAGACCCAGGCGGUGUUUUCCUCCCGGGGGCCGCGUUCCUCAGCCCCGCGUAGCGGCGGUGGCCGCCGCCGGUACCUCCACCUCUACCACCAUCUCUUUCUCCACCACCUCGGGCCCCGGUGUCCCCGGCCAGCACUAUGCCCAUCUUACUGUUCCUGAUAGACACGUCUGCCUCUAUGAACCAGCGCAGCCAUCUGGGCACCACCUACCUGGACACGGCCAAAGGCGCGGUAGAGACCUUCAUGAAGCUCCGUGCCCGGGACCCCGCCAGCCGAGGAGACAGGUAUAUGCUGGUCACUUUCGAAGAGCCGCCCUAUGCUAUCAAGGCCGGAUGGAAAGAAAACCAUGCAACCUUUAUGAAUGAACUGAAAAACCUUCAGGCUGAAGGACUUACGACUCUUGGCCAAUCCCUAAGGACAGCUUUUGAUUUAUUAAAUUUAAAUAGAUUAGUAACUGGCAUAGACAACUAUGGGCAGGGAAGAAACCCUUUUUUCCUGGAGCCAGCAAUAAUUAUUACAAUUACUGAUGGGAGCAAGUUGACUACUACCAGUGGAGUCCAGGAUGAGCUCCAUUUACCUCUUAAUUCACCUUUGCCUGGAAGUGAAUUGACUAAAGAACCUUUUCGUUGGGAUCAGAGACUCUUUGCAUUAGUGUUGCGGUUGCCUGGCACCAUGUCAGUAGAAUCAGAACAGUUGACAGGUGUUCCUUUAGAUGACUCUGCCAUCACACCGAUGUGUGAAGUGACAGGCGGCCGUUCAUACUCUGUAUGUUCUCCAAGAAUGCUUAAUCAGUGUCUGGAGUCCUUGGUGCAGAAAGUACAAAGUGGGGUGGUAAUAAACUUUGAAAAAGCAGGACCAGAUCCUUCCCCUGUAGAAGAUGGGCAACCAGAUAUAUCAAGGCCUUUUGGGUCUCAGCCUUGGCAUAGCUGUCACAAACUCAUAUAUGUCAGACCAAAUCCUAAAACAGGGGUUCCUAUAGGCCAUUGGCCUGUUCCAGAAUCUUUUUGGCCAGAUCAGAAUUCUCCAACACUACCACCUCGUACAUCUCAUCCUGUAGUGAAGUUUUCCUGUACAGACUGUGAACCUAUGGUUAUUGACAAACUGCCUUUUGAUAAAUAUGAGUUGGAACCUUCACCACUUACUCAGUUUAUCUUAGAAAGGAAGUCUCCUCAAACAUGUUGGCAGGUAUAUGUAAGCAAUAGUGCUAAAUAUAGUGAACUUGGUUAUCCUUUUGGUUACUUGAAAGCCAGUACAGCACUGAACUGUGUCAACUUAUUUGUGAUGCCUUACAAUUAUCCAGUCCUCCUUCCCCUCUUAGAUGACUUGUUUAAAGUGCAUAAAGCAAAACCAACAUUGAAAUGGAGACAGUCGUUUGAAAGUUAUUUGAAGACCAUGCCUCCUUACUAUCUCGGGCCCUUGAAGAAAGCUGUUAGAAUGAUGGGUGCUCCUAACUUAAUAGCAGACAGUAUGGAGUAUGGUCUCAGUUACAGUGUCAUUUCAUACCUCAAAAAAUUGAGUCAGCAGGCCAAAAUAGAAUCUGAUCGCGUCAUUGGAUCUGUAGGCAAAAAGGUAGUACAGGAAACUGGAAUUAAAGUGCGAAGCCGAUCACAUGGUUUAUCAAUGGCAUAUAGGAAAGAUUUUCAACAACUGCUUCAGGGAAUUUCAGAUGAUAUCCCUCACAGAUUGCUAGAUCUUAAUAUGAAGGAAUACACUGGGUUCCAGGUUGCUCUACUAAAUAAGGAUUUGAAGCCUCAAACAUUUAGAAAUGCUUAUGACAUACCAAGGCGAAAUCUUCUGGAUCACUUAACAAGAAUGAGAUCUAAUCUUUUGAAGAGUACCCGCAAAUUUCUUAAAGGACAGGAUGAAGAUCAAGUACACAGUGUUCCUAUAGCACAAAUGGGGAAUUACCAGGAAUACCUCAAGCAAGUACCUUCUCCACUAAGAGAACUUGAUCCUGAUCAGCCUCGAAGGUUGCAUACAUUUGGCAACCCUUUUAAGCUGGAUAAAAAGGGUAUGAUGAUAGAUGAAGCAGAUGAGUUUGUGGCUGGACCCCAAAAUAAACAUAAGCGACCUGGAGAACCAAAUAUGCAAGGGAUCCCUAAAAGACGUCGCUGUAUGUCUCCACUACUAAGAGGCAGACAGCAGAACCCUGUGGUGAACAAUCACAUUGGAGGAAAAGGACCACCCACACCGAUGACUCAAGCACAGCCAGAUCUUAUUAAACCACUUCCUCUUCAUAAAGAAACCACUAAUGAUUCAACAAUAGACGAUGUGGUUGAAAAUCAUGUUGUAGACCAGCUUUCUUCAGACAUUAUACCAAAUGCUAUGGAUACUGAAUUUUCACCAUCUUCUCCAGCCAGUCUACUGGAACGACCAACCAAUCAUACAGAAGCACUUGGUCAUGACCAUUUAGGAACUAAUGACCUCACUGUUGGUGGAUUUUUAGAAAAUCAUGAGGAGCAAAGAAAUAAAGAACAAUGUGCUGAAGAGAAUAUACCAGCAUCUUCACUCAACAAAGGGAAAAAAUUGAUGCAUUGCAGGAGCCAUGAAGAAGUCAAUACUGAACUGAAAGCACAAAUAAUGAAAGAGAUCCGAAAGCCAGGAAGAAAAUAUGAAAGAAUCUUCACUUUACUGAAGCAUGUACAAGGCAGUUUACAAACAAGACUCAUAUUUUUACAAAAUGUUAUUAAAGAAGCAUCAAGGUUCAAAAAACGAAUGCUAAUAGAACAACUGGAGAACUUCUUGGAUGAAAUUCAUCGAAGAGCCAAUCAGAUCAACCAUAUUAAUAGCAAUUAAAAGAAGAUAGAAUGUGGCCACUUAUUUUACUAUCCUCUCCAAAUACAAAGUAAAUACAAGACUAUUGUGACCUUGCAAUUCAUUUUUUGACAUGCAUUGUUGGCUAUUUGAAAUACUAAAACAAGUUGACAGAUCCUUUUUCCAUCAUUUUACAGUGACCUUUUAUUCAUUUUGGUUUAUUUUUGUAAUGUGAAAAGUAUCACUAAAAAAAAAAAAACAUUUUUAUUUAACAAACUAAAAAUACUCCUUUAAAUCUCUUGCUUGUCAUUGACUCUUGCGUGUCAAUUUCCCUCAGGUUCUAUUUUCUUAAACCAACCUUUAAAAUUGUCACCUCUGUUAAGGUUGAACUUUGCCAAAAAAAAAAAAAAUUAAAAAGAAGUUACUUUGUAAUUUUUGGGGAAAAAAAAGCACAUACAUUAAAUCUAGGCAAUGUUUUGUAUAUACAGUUAUUUUGGAUAUAUUAUUGUAAGUUGUACAGAUGUAUUUUGAAGAAUAUUUAAGAAAAGCACUUUUGUUAUUCCAUCAAUAAAUGCUCUAUUUUACUCUUGUGUGGUUUAGGAAAUAAUCACAUUUAAAAUAAUCACUUAAAAAACAUCCUAAGACAAUGGAAUUUUAAAGCUCUUGCUUUCUAGUGUUGGAAAACACAUCACUUGAAAUUCAUAUAUUUGUUAAACCUAACUGUGAUUACUCUGCAUUGUCUUUUACUAAUAUGUUUAUAAUUUUCUGUUGGCCACGUCAACAUACUCCAAAUGGGAAAUUUGCAUUAUAGGCAGACACUUUAAACUUUCUUAAAAAGCAGAAGUUCAGCUUCCUGAUUUCCUUGCCUCCUUUCUACCCCUUUUCCUUUCUCACUAGGAUUGUAGGUGUCAUUCAGUUCAGCUGCUAGUGAGGGAGUGGUAAGUUUGAGGUACAUUAUAUACCUUGAAAUGUCUAGCCUGUUUCAGUUUAAUACCAUGCCGUGUUUACAAAAGUCACAACAUUAGGAGUUUGGAGAUCUCUUCUGCACUGUAGUUUCACAUUUACACCCUAAAUUUUAUUUACCAGCUAAAUAGAAAGGUAAUAGAUUUAAGAUGACUCUGCUCAUUUUUUCCUUCUCCAAGUAACAAAAGGAAAACUGACAUUAUUCAUUCUUCACCCUGAAUCCUACAUGACCUUAUGUAUCCUUAUUGAGGUUUCAAUCCUAUGGCCUGACUCAUUCACCAUUCAUAGAUCACUGCUGUGCCUUUUAGUGGUUGGGGGGGGGGGUAACAAGUAGAAGAGAUGGUUAAAAUGUUUAGAUUUGGAAUAAGAGAGGGAAAGCAAACUUAUAAAAUUAUAAUAAAAUCAAACUAUUUUUAUGUUCAUAAUAUUUGAAAAUUACAUGCCCUUAUCUUUUUGUACUGAUUCAGAAACAUUUUAAGAUUUCAAGCCUAUUGCAAAUAAAGUUCUAACUUUUUAUGAAGGAAAGCAUACAUAAAAGUGGGGAACAUUCUCAACAUCUUUAGUCAAGGGGAUUUGAAACACACCCAAUACUGAAGAUAAACCCUGUCAAGAAAAAAACAAACAAACAUUAAGUAUAUUUUCAUAUGCUAUUCUUCAAAACUUUUUUUUAAUCUCUACAAAAUAUUUUCAAGUAAAGGAUGAUAUAAUUCGAUAAAUAGAAUUACUGAAAUAACUGCCAAAUUACACAAAUUACACAAAACCAGAAUGUACUGUCUGAUCUAAAACUAUGUUUCUAGAUUCUGAAAUUAAUCAGAGGCAUUAGAAGUCAUUGUGACAGAAGUUUAUACUUAAGAAUAUCUAGGAAGAAGGUUGAGUCUUUUCUAAUUGUCAGCUUUCCUUAUAAGAAAUUUCUUAUUUUCAUAUAACAUGUCCAUCAAAUGCUGGUAAUGCUUUAGCUGCUUGAUUUUUAGUACAUUUUUCUGAAUGUACUAAAAAGUUGUACUAAAAAGAAUAGAAAAAUUUGGGAGGUAGCAGUCUAUUCUGUCUCCUCUUUCUGUCCUUUAUGUCUCUGCCCUGAUAUUCUUUAUACACUCAUCCUAAAUCCUAUUCACAGUUUUGAAAUACAUCAGUACUAAAACUUAAUAUACUAUCUCUCUCAGGCUGUUUGCAUUAAAAAAAACAACACUUGUGUUUAGUGUUAGUUAAAUUAGUGAAAUAAUUGCUAUAGAAUUAUCAGCAAAAUAUGUCUGGGUGGGGAGGAGGAUUAACUUGUCUUUCAGGCCAUUUAGGUUACUAAAUGACUUUAGUCUGGAUAAAUUAUAUUCUCUGAAAGGUUAAUCUUAAGCUCUUUAGAUAGUUUUUCUUAUUGUUUCCCAAGGUAAUUGGCAUUUGUCCAUUGAUUGAUGCCUUUGUUGCUUUUAGCAGAUUUGCCUGGACACUCAUGUUCAGUCUUUUUGGUAACAUCACCAAAAGAGUAGCUACUUAUCCUUGGGUAGUAUGGGGACCUUCUCCCAAGAAGAGUGUUAAGUAAAUUCAUAAGGACUAUACCUAGACUUGUGGUAGAUUAUGGAUCUGAUUUUGGAUUAACCAUAUAUAUAUUCAUUCUGAUCACUGAAGGCAGUUAGAAAAACAUGUCAUUGAAAUAGAAAUAGUGAUGUGUCCUUUCCUAAUUCAACAAUUUAAUGUUGAGUUCCAAAAAUAACAUCUUUUUCCUUUAACUUUCAUCCACAUUUAUUGGAUCUCAGCUUUUUGGUAGUGAUCUUUUGUUCAAUUUAAUUCUCUCUUGGUUUCUUGAAGAAGCAGAAGUUCCUUUUUUUUUUUUUCUUAACAUUUUUGACCACUAUCUCUUCUAAGAAUCUCUUUGCUGCUUAUUCUAAAUGACAUUUCCAGAAUCACUGUGGGGUUGGGAUGAUCAUGGUGAAAUACUAAGUCGGUGCAUUCGGUUGGUGGACUUGUUUCCCCCAAAUAAUUUCCAAAUUGAAUAUUUUCAAGUAAAUGAUUACCUUCAUCCUUUUGGUCACAAAAAAUGUUUCUUUGGUUUCUAGCACAAGUUAUAUCAGUAUGCAAAUGAUUCUCAGAUAGAAUGAUGUUGACAGUAUUUCCUUAAUAAUUUGUGUAAAGCUAUGCAUAAUUUUCACUUUUGACAUUUUUUUCUCUCCACAAAUAAAAGUAAUGCCUGAUGUUUAGUUAAA